GUUCAUGUAAAGGCACGGGCUACUCAAUGUAGUCUAUAUAUGUCAUAUGACUAACAGGUAGUUACAGGAAAAACCAGUGAAGACUAAAAGAGAGAGAGAGAGAGAGAGAGAGAGAGAGAGAGAGAGAGAGAUGGUCUCUUUUGUGUUGAAACUCCUUUCUUCCCUGGCUGCCGCGGGACUGGUUGGCUUCUUACUUCACCUCUACAACAGAGUGUGGCUAAAGUCCGAGAGGCUCAGAAGAAAGCUCCGAGUGCAAGGCAUCAAAGGCCCUGCGCCUUCUUUUCUAUAUGGAAAUCUGUCUGAGAUGCAGAAAAUCCAACACCAACUCCCCAACACUCCAAACCACUCUGAGUUUGUUGUUUUUCUCCCUCUUUUUUUACUUCUUUUUAACAUUUCUCAUGGCAUGUUAUAUAUAUUUAUUCACACACACAUUUGGCAAAAGGUUUUUGGUCAAAUAUACACUUACUCAACAGGAAUGAGACAACAUUUGUACGUGAACCAGCCAGAGCUUGUAAGGGAAAUGAACCAGUGCAUGAGUUUGGAUUUAGGCAAGCCUUCUUAUGUAAGCAAGAGGCUUGCACCCAUGCUUGGCAAUGGCGUUUUGAGGUCCAAUGGCAUUGUCUGGUCACAACAGAGAAAAAUCAUUGCCCCUGAGUUCUUCACAGACAAAGUCAAGGGCAUGGUGUGGCUGAUGUUAGAGUCAGGACAGACAUUGCUUCAAAAAUGGGAGGAUUGCAUUGAAGCUCAAGGUGGCAUGACAGCAGAGAUUCAAGUGGAUGAGGAUUUCAGGGAUUUUUCUGCAGAUGUUAUAUCAAGAGCUUGUUUUGGAAGCUCUUAUAUAAAGGGCAAACAGAUUUUCUCAAAGCUUAGAGCCCUUCAAGAAGUCAUUUCCCAGCAAAAUUUCCUGUUUUCUAAUUUGGGUGGCUUGAAGAAGCAAAAUGAGAUAGGGUGCUUAGAGAGAGAGAUAGAGUCAUUGAUCUGGGAGGCAGUGAGAGAAAGACAAGGCUCAGAGACAUCUUCAGCCGAAAAGGAUCUGUUGCAGACAAUACUAGAGGGAGCCAUCAAUGACCAAAGCCUGGGCAAAGGUUCAUCCAAGCGCUUCAUAGUUGACAACUGCAAGAGCAUAUACUUUGCAGGCCAUGAAUCCACAGCUGUUGCUGCCUCUUGGUGUAUGAUGCUGCUUGCUCUACAUCCCGAGUGGCAAGCUCGAAUUAGGACAGAGUUGGCUCAAGUUUGCCCAGAUGGCCUCCCAGAUGCAAACUCACUCCCUCAGUUGAAAAUGAUGGCUAUGGUAAUUCAAGAAGUCUUGCGUUUGUACCCACCGGCUGCCUUUGUGUCAAGGGAGGCACUUGAAGAUACCCAAGUGGGAAACAUCAGUGUUCCUAAAGGGGUAUGCUUAUGGACUUUGAUCCCAACAUUGCACAGAGAUACAGAAAUUUGGGGACCUGAUGCAAAUGAAUUCAAGCCUGAGAGGUUCAUAGAUGGUGUGUCUAAAGCUUGCAAGUCUCCCCAAGCCUACAUCCCAUUUGGGUUGGGACCUCGAAUAUGUUUGGGGAAAAACUUAGCCAUGGUUGAAUUGAAAGUUGUCCUCUCCCUUGUUAUCUCCAAGUUCUCUUUCUCUCUGUCUCCCAAAUAUAAGCAUUCUCCUGCUUAUAAAAUGAUUGUAGGGCCUGGAAAUGGUGUACAUAUCCUCAUUCAAAAAUCUGUUCUUGACAGAUAGAAACAAGUCCAAAAUCAUUGAAGUAGCUAGCUAGGUGUCUAUUAUUGUUCGAGUUAUAUGUGUGUCAUGUUUGCCAAAUUUGGGAUAUUGGAAUGUAAACAAAGCUUUUUCAAAAAUUAUUUGUUUUAAUA